UAAAGAAAGAUUACAAAGGGGUUAAUUGGAGAGAGAGAGUUAUAGUCACAUUCACAUAUUGUCCCUUUAAAUUGAAGACAAGUAUAUCUAAUGGAAAACAACACAAAUAACAUGAACCAGGUUUAACUUACAGACUGUGUAGGGGAGUGUUGAAACUGGAACCCAGUGAUGCAGCUACUGAAGAAUUUUGAAUAAACUCAUGAGAGGAAUGGGAGAACUGCUCGCCCAAACACAGAUGUCUGUGCCAUCAGACUGCAGAUGCAUUGUGACUAUAAUCUCUUGAGAAAACUCCUAAGAGGACCCCUGUACUGUCUGGAAGACUAACAGCUGCUCAGGAAGCAAUCUUGCAUGCGUCUGGAAAUGGCACAACCAAGGACUACUGCAUGCUUUAUAACCCUUAUUGGACAACUCUUCCAAGUACCCUAGAAAAUGCAACUUCCGUUAGUUUGAUGGAUCUGACUUCCACACCACUAUGCAACCUUUCUGAUGUUCCUUCUGUUGGCAUAAAGAGCAAAGCAGUUGUGGUUCCAUGGGGAAGCUGCCAGUUUUUUGAAAAAGCCAGAAUUGCACAGAAAGGAGGUGCUGAAGCAAUGUUAGUUGUCAAUAACAGUGUCCUAUUUCCUCCCUCAGGUAACAGAUCUGAAUUUCCUGAUGUGAAAAUACUGAUUGCAUUUAUAAGCCACAAAGACUUUAAAGAUGCAAACCAGAUUCUGGGAAAUAACAUUACUGUGAAAAUGUAUUCUCCAUCGUGGCCUGACUUUGAUUAUACUAUGGUGGUUAUUUUUGUAAUUGCUGUGUUCACUGUGGCAUUAGGUGGAUACUGGAGUGGACUAGUUGAAUUGGAAAACUUGAAAGCAGUGACAACUGAAGAUAGAGAAAUGAGAAAAAAGAAGGAAGACUAUCUAACUUUCAGUCCUCUUACAGUUGUCAUAUUUGUGGUCAUCUGCUGUGUUAUGAUGGUCUUACUUUAUUUCUUCUACAAAUGGUUGGUUUAUGUUAUGAUAGCAAUUUUCUGCAUAGCAUCAGCAAUGAGUCUGUACAACUGUCUUGCUGCACUAAUUCAUAAGAUACCAUACGGACAAUGCACGAUUGCAUGUCGUGGCAAAAGCAUGGAAGUGAGACUUAUUUUUCUCUCUGGACUGUGCAUAGCAGUAGCUGUUGUUUGGGCUGUGUUUAGAAAUGAAGACAGGUGGGCUUGGAUUUUACAGGAUAUCUUGGGGAUUGCUUUCUGUCUGAAUUUAAUUAAAACACUGAAGUUGCCCAACUUCAAGUCAUGUGUGAUACUUCUAGGCCUUCUCCUCCUCUAUGAUGUAUUUUUUGUUUUCAUAACACCAUUCAUCACAAAGAAUGGUGAGAGUAUCAUGGUUGAACUUGCAGCUGGACCUUUUGGAAAUAAUGAAAAGAAUGAUGGAAACUUGGUGGAAGCCACUGGUCAACCCUCAGCUCCCCAUGAGAAAUUGCCAGUAGUCAUCAGAGUACCAAAACUGAUCUAUUUAUCAGUAAUGAGUGUGUGCCUCAUGCCUGUUUCAAUAUUGGGUUUUGGAGACAUUAUUGUACCAGGCCUGUUGAUUGCAUACUGUAGAAGAUUUGAUGUUCAGACUGGUUCUUCUUAUAUAUACUAUGUUUCAUCUACUGUUGCCUAUGCUAUUGGCAUGAUACUUACAUUUGUUGUUCUGGUGCUGAUGAAAAAGGGGCAACCUGCUCUCCUCUAUUUAGUACCUUGCACACUCAUUACUGCCUCAAUUGUUGCCUGGAGACGUAAGGAAAUGAAAAAGUUCUGGAAAGGUAACAGCUAUCAGACGAUGGACCAUCUGGAUUAUGCAGCAAAUGAAGAAAACCCUGCAUUGACUGGUGAACAGAUUGUCCAGCAAUAAUAUGUGGAGCUGCUAUAAUGUGUCAUUGAUUUUCUACAAAUAGACUUGGACUUUUUAAAUUGACUUUUGAAUUGACAA